CCCAACAAAUUAUCCGAAGAAGAAUGAAAAGAGUAUAAUGGGCCAAAAGAAGACUGGCCCAAUAACAAGGAUCUUUAUCGGAGUACCGACCCAUUAUAGAGCAACUUCGCUAACGUGUCGGAUACUCCACGUCUUCCCUUGAUUUCCGCAAGGUUGGAUCUUUGCUCUGUAAUAAAAUCUAGGGUUUCUGUUGUGUUCUUCAAUAAAAAACCCAUCGAUAGCCUUUCCGGAAAAUACAUGCAACGACACAUAAUCUUAUUUAAAACAUAAAACAGCGGCGUACGAGACGAUGAUGAUGUCCAAUCUUCCACGUGAUUUGGUGGAGGAGAUUCUCUCUAGGGUUCCGUUGACAUCUUUGAAAUCAGUGCGAUCUACUUGCAAAAAGUGGAACGCUUUAACCAAAUAUCAGAGUUUUACAAAUAAGCACAUCCGCAAUGUAGCAAGAUCAGGGGAAAGAGAGUUUCUGAUCAUGAUCAUGGAGUAUAGAGCUUAUUUGAUUGGCGUCAAUCUCCAUGGAAUUCAAAACAACAACAUUGAUCUAUCUAUAAAGCAAAAAGGUAAACUUAUCAGCCUAGACUAUUCAGAUGAAGAAUAUCGUACAUCUCAUUCUCAGGUCUUUCACUGCCAUGGUUUAUUGUUAUUCGUAAACGCCACGAGCUUAGUGGUUUGGAACCCGUAUCGGGGGAAACCAAAAUACAUCAAACGCGGGUAUGUGCAACUAGGAAUGUUCGCUUUCGGAUACGACAAAUCCUGCGGUAGCCACAAAAUAUUGAGGCUUUUCGGUCAUUACCUAAAUAACAUCGAAAUCUAUGAUUUGAGCUCUAAUUCAUGGAUGGUUCCGAGUGGCAAUCUUGAAUGGGGUAUGAUGUAUAUGCGAGAUGGCGUGUCUUUGAAGGGAAAUACUUACUGGUGUGGUAAGGAUAAGGAAUCAGUAGAUUAUCAUUUACUCUGUUUUGAUUUUACAAGAGAGAGGUUUGGACCGCGUCUGCUUCUGCCCAUCAAAGGAUUUGAUGGGUCUCUAUCUGCAGUUAAAGAAGAGCAGCUAGCAGUGUUAAUUAAGCGGUAUGAUAUAUCUGCGAUAGAGAUUUGGGUUACGAACAAGAUUGAGCCUGAUGCGGUGUCGUGGAACAUCUUCUUAAAAUUUGAUAUGAACCUAUGUGAUUAUGCUGCGAAUUUCUUGAUUGACGAGGAGAUAAAAGUCGCAGUGGUUUUUGAUACAGUCAGGGCAUGGGGGAGUCCUAAACUCACACUCACUUACACCGACAUAGCUUACAUCAUUGGAGAGAAUGGUUGUUUUAGAAGAGUGGAUCUCCGUAAAUCUCGAUACCCAUCACCUCGUCCACUUGCUUGCUCUUAUGUUCCAAGUUCUGUGCAAAUCAAGUAAAACAAGAUUAUUAUGAAUUAGUCUAUUUACAUUCUCUUUUUUCUCUCAUAUCUUCUUUGAAUAUUAAUUUGUUUCUCAUGAUCUCUUCUAUGCAAUAUUAUUAUCCUUAAGA